GUUAGACGCCGCUGAUUGCUACCACCGUUACCGUUGGAAACAGUCAUCGCCACCACUGCCAUCACGAAUCACUCCUCUUUUAUAAUCUCCUCCUCCUCCUCCUCCUCCCAUAUUGUCGCCGUCUCUCCUCUUUUCUUCCUCCUCAUCUCCCUUACUCUCUUCCUAGUCGGUAAGGGCCUCUGAUCGGAGACCUCGAAAUGCGCGCGAGAUGGGCCAUCGCCGCCGCCAUCGCCGUCCUGCUCCUCUGUCGCCUCCCAGCUGGACGUUGCCAGGGCAUCGGUGGCCGAGUCAACCCGCCGCAGACGGCUCCAUUGCUGUUGCAGCUCCAAAGCACCGUCGAUAGGCUCACCAGAAAUAUAUUUCCGGCAGUCAAAGAGAACUUUGGCUCCUGCAUCAAAGAUCCGCAGCAUGAUUGGGAUCAUACCUUCAAUUACACCAAGGAUUUGGAUUUCUUGGGGGACUGCGCGGACAGAACACCCGAUUUUUCUGCACGUCUAUGCACGGUAGCAGAAGUCAAGUUCUACUUCAGCAGUUUCGUUGAAAGUGGUGGAAAGACUAGCUACUUGAAACCCAAUAAAAACUGUAACUCAAGUUCAUGGGUUUCUGGAUGUGAGCCAGGAUGGGCAAGCAGCGUUACUCCAGAUGUGAAUGUCGACCUUCAAGAAUCUGAUUAUAUCCCUCUAAGAACUCUCGAUAGUCAACCUUGUUGUGCAGGCUUUUUCUGCCCUUAUGGUAUUACUUGUAUGAUACCUUGUCCCUUGGGUGCAUAUUGCCCAGUUGCAAAACUUAAUGGAACUACAGGUCUUUGUGAUCCAUACAAGUACCAGCCACCCCCUUGGAAACCAAACCAUACAUGUGGUGGUGCAGACAUUUGGGCUGAUGUUGAUAAUAGUGGUGAUCUAUUCUGCCCAGCAGGAUACUAUUGUCCAAGCACCAUUCAGAAAAAUAAUUGCAGUAGUGGACACUAUUGCAGGAUGGGUUCUAAUUAUGAAACUAGUUGCUACAAGUCAAGUACAUGCCAUUUGAAUUCUGAAAAACAAAGCAUGACUAUUUUUGGUGCUUUAGUAAUGGUUGCAUUAAUUUUGUUGUUAUUGAUAAUCUACAACUUCUCUGAUCAAAUUCUCACUUACCGGGAAAGACGACAAGCCAAAUCGAGGGAAGCUGCUGUAAGGAUAGCUAGAGAAGCUGUUCAAGCUCGUGAAAGAUGGAAAGCAGCAAAAAAUAUAGCAGUGAAGCAUGCAGUUGGAAUCCAAAAUCAGAUAUCUCGCACAUUUUCACGCAAAAUAUCCAAUAAACUGCAAGAAUCAUAUAAAGUUCUUGGUCUAUCUCGACAGUUAUCAGAUGCAUCGACAUCGGAUAUUGAGGAACUAAGUAUGCUCGGUAAUAAUAAUAUGACACAUUCAUCCGAAAAGAUUUCUGACAGUUCUGAAAGUCCUCAAAUUGAUAUUGGAGACACUUAUCCCAGAAAGAAAGCAACAAAAGGUAAACAUAUGCAUACUCGUACACGAAUCUUCAAGGAUGCAUACAUUGAGAUUGAAAAAGAGAAAGUGCUACAGCCAGAAAAGAAGAACUUGACUUUUUCAGGAGUAAUUUCUAUGGCUACUAAAAAUGAAAUCAGAACAAGACCUAUCAUAGAGAUUACCUUCAAGGAUCUAUCUUUAGUUCUUAAAAGGAACAAGAAGCAACUUCUGAAAAGUGUGACAGGGAAACUUGUUCCAGGCCAUGUAACUGCAAUCAUGGGUCCAUCUGGUGCAGGGAAAACCACAUUUCUUACUGCUUUGGCUGGAAAGACAUCUGGAUGUCAGAUGACUGGACUAGUUCUAAUAAAUGGAAAGGUUGAACCUAUUCGUUCAUAUAAAAAGAUAAUUGGUUUUGUGCCACAAGAUGAUAUUGUGCAUGGAAACUUGACAGUGGAGGAAAAUCUUUGGUUCAGUGCUAAUUGUAGACUUUCUGCAGAUAUGCCAAAAGCCAACAGAGUUCUAAUUGUUGAAAGAACUAUAGAGUCAUUGGGGUUGCAAGCAGUUCGAAAUUCCUUGGUUGGAACAGUAGAGAAGCGUGGAAUUUCUGGUGGGCAAAGAAAGCGAGUAAAUGUUGGGCUUGAGAUGGUCAUGGAACCAUCUCUUUUGAUACUAGAUGAACCAACAUCUGGUUUGGAUAGUUCUUCAUCUCUGCUGCUACUUAGAGCUCUUCGUCGUGAGGCACUUGAAGGGGUAAACAUCUCCAUGGUGGUUCACCAGCCCAGCUACACUUUGUUCAGCAUGUUCGAUGAUUUAAUACUUUUGGCAAAAGGUGGUUUAAUUGCAUAUCAAGGGCCAGUGAGGAAAGUUGAAGAAUACUUUUCAGGCCUUGGGAUUGUAGUCCCUGAGCGUGUCAAUCCACCAGACUACUUUAUCGACAUUUUAGAGGGUAUAGUGAAGCCAGGCACAAGUACAGCUGUUAAAUCCAAUCAGUUGCCACUUAUAUGGAUGUUGCAUAAUGGAUAUAAUGUGCCCCCUGAUAUGCGCAACGAAGUCGAUUCUGUCAAUGCAUCAUUUAGGAGUGGAAUAAGUUCUGAUAGGAUUGGCUCAGAUGAGGAUUCUGGUGAUGCUGAUGUUUGGGGAGACAUAAAAGGUGCCUUUGAAGAAAAGCGAGAUCACUUAGAGCACAAUUUUUCAAAAUCCAAAGAUUUAGCAAACCGAAGGACACCUGGUAAACUCAAGCAGUAUAAGUACUACCUUGGAAGGGUCUUCAAGCAGCGUUUGCGUGAAGCUACAACACUAGCUGUUGAUUAUUUGAUCCUUGGUCUCGCUGGAGUCUGCUUAGGGAUACUUGCUAAAGCAAAUGACUCUAAUUUGGGGGUAGCUGGUUAUACAUACACCAUUAUUGCUGUUUCUCUCUUGGGCCAGAUUGGCGCUUUGAGAUCAUUUUCACUGGAAAAGUUGCAAUUUAUGAGGGAGAGAGCAUCUGGAAUGAGUUCACUGGCUUAUUUUCUAUCAAAAGAUACCAUUGACCAUUUCAACACAGCUGUGAAGCCUGUAGUUUAUCUCUCAAUGUUCUUUUUCUUCAGCAACCCGAGGUCAUUAUUUGCUGACAACUAUAUUGUUCUGCUUGCCCUUGUAUACUGUGUAACUGGUAUUGGUUAUACUUUUGCCAUCUGCUUCCAACCAGGUUCUGCUCAGCUGUGGUCUGCUCUUCUUCCUGUUGUUUUGACGUUGAUAUCAACUCAGCCAAAAAACUCAAAGAUACUAACAAGUUUAUGCUACCCAAAGUGGGCAUUGGAAGCAUUUGUGAUUGUUAAUGCAGAAAGGUACUCUGGUGUAUGGCUGAUAACACGGUGCGGUCUGCUUGCAAAGUUUCAUUACGACAUCAAUCACUGGGCGCUUUGUAUAGCCGUCCUCUUUGUCUAUGGUUUUGUUUUCCGCUGCAUCGCUUUCAUUUGCAUGGUGAUAUUAAAUAAGAAAUGAGGCUCAGAAGCCUCAUUAUCUGCCCAGUUUAAUCAUUGUACAUGUAUGUCCAUAUCAUUCUUUUUGGUUUAGCUUAUGCCAAGGAUCAACACAAGCAUAAUACAGUUUGUGCUAUGCCAGUGAGACAAUGAAGGUGUAAGAUUAGUCUCGCUUUGGCUGAAUCAAGAAGGCAUCAGAUGAGCUCACUUAUCGAACUGCUUCAUUUUACAAGUGCUAUGUUUAUCACAAGCAAUCAGAUUUUAUCUGAAGGAUGAAACCUAGGAAUUUUGACAGCUCGUCUGGGAAUUUAGUGAGGUUUACUUGUUCUAAUUAAUGGCAUCUCAUGGGCAUCACUGGUUGAUUGAUUUGUUCUUGCGAGAUGUAACUACGCUGAAAGAUCGGCAACCUUUCUGGUUCAUUAGAAGAUUGCACUGCAGCGAGGUCCCUAAGAGGCAGAUUCCCCCAAGAAACUUCCCCCCAAGUGAUUCAGUCAGCCUAAAUGACAUUUUCCUUAAGGUGAAAUUAGGUAUUGGGGGAAGCUUACAUAGAAUGCCUAUCGUGUAUCAAUGCGUCCGUGUGGUGAUCUCUCUCCGUUGCACAGUGUCUUGAUUUGUUUAUUUCUCUUCAGAAAGGUGUUCUUCACAGAGCUCAUGUAAGACAGUUGUAUACACACUGAAUCUAGUGAGGUUUACAGAAUGAUAUUAUUGUCCA